GACCUAUAUAUUUAUCGUGCCACGUACGCGUCGGGGCGCAGUCGCAACUUUGGAAAGCUCCCCUAACAUGGCUGUUAAUGUAUCUGGUGUGAUUUCUACCAGCCUAACCUGGUUUUAUCUUCUUGUAAUGUUCGUAUCAUGUUGUGUGUCCGGUAGUAAUGUCUUGAUAUCAUCAAUGCAUGGGGAAGGGAGUCACUUCUUCCUUGGUGCCGCCAUUGGUGAAGGCCUAGUCCAACGAGGACACAACGCCACACUUCUCAUCAGCAGGGCAUAUGAACGUCGUACCAGGGAACCAAUGUACUCCAAUCUAUCCUUCGAAGUGUUUGACCAUCACAAGAGGUCCCUUCAAGAGGUCCGAGAUUUCUGGAAGAACUUCGGUGUUCUUUCGCUUGGGAAAGGUGAUGAUGGUCUCAUUAAGACUGUGUACUACUUGAUCGAAUCGAUGGCAGAUGACUGCGAGGAUCUCCUUCUCGAUAUCGAGCUCAUGAAGCGCCUGGAGGACGUCGACGCUAUCGUUGUCGAUAUGACUUGGAUAUGUGGAAUAAUGAUCAGAGCCGCGCUGGAACGCAACCUGAACUACUCGAAGAAGAUAGCCCUGGUGACUCUGACACCUUUAACACCUCAUCUUAUGGCGUUGUUUUCGUACGGUUCCUCGUACAAUCCAGCCUACCAACCAGAACUCAACACGGGCUUUACCAACAGGAUGAGUUUCUUAGAGAGGACAGCCAAUCUCCUGCAGUCUGUUGUAUACGCGGUGCUUGGUGCUACUCUGAUACCGCUCUACAUGCGCGUAGGGGAGAACACAGGACUUGAAGAUGUCAUGAGCAUAAAGAUGUCUCUCAUGAACGAUCUUGCCGACUUACACCUUCAAAACUUUGAUUUCGCCAUCGAGUUCCCGUUCCCGAUAUCACCAAAUGUGAUUCCAGUCGGAGGUGGGCUGACAGCAUGGCCACCUACACAACUUGACCAGGAACUGGAAGAUUUCAUGGAGAGUUCAGGCGACCAUGGUGUCAUUCUCUUCACCCUUGGCACGUACUUCGGUGAGAUAACGAUCAUUCAACCGGGAUUUGCUGAGCAGUUUGCCAAAGCUUUCCGAAGAUUGCCGCAGAAGGUGAUCUGGCAGAUGAAGGAUCCACUCGGCGAAAUCGACGUUUCUCCAAACGUGAAGGUCAAGCCCUGGGUACCUCAGAAUGAUCUACUGGGUCAUCCAAAGACCCGAGUAUUUCUUUAUCAGGGAGGCAACAACGGGUUCCAGGAAGCCUGCUAUCACGGUGUACCCAUAGUCGUCGUCCCGCUCCACGCGGACCAGUUCGACGUCGCCGCCAGGGUCGUAGCUCGAGGGAUGGGCAAGAAGAUCGACAAGAUGGCUGCCAGUGCUGAUGUUAUCUAUGAUACCUUACAGGACGUCAUCAGUGAUCCAAAGUACACUGCAGUGGCUAAAGAGGUUUCUACCAUCAUCAGAGAAAGGCCCAUGCAGGCACGAGAACGCGCAGCAUUCUGGAUUGAACACGUGAUCAAAUAUGGCGGACAGUAUCUCAAAACAUCUGCAAGGGAUCUUUCCCUCAUUGAGUUUUUCAUGAUCGACGUCCUCGCAUUUCUUCUACUGCUUGCCACAGCGUUUCUUCUUAUAGUUAUAUUUGGGGUUCGUUUAUGUUGUCGAAUGGUUUGUGGAAAGAGGAAAGCAAAAUUAGACUGAGAUCAUAUAGGGUGCCUCUAGAUGGAGGGCGUGUUGCGGGGUAUGCAUGCCCUCCCCCCCCCCCCCCCCC